AUGAGUUUCAUAUCAUUUGAUUCUUCUGAUGAUAUUUGUUUAAUAUCCUCUGGUGAUCUCGAUGUCAUAUCAAGUUCUUCUUCAAUACGUGUUCGAAAUGCCUCUAAUUCGUCUUCUUCUGAUAACUAUACUCCUGAACAAUUGAAGCAAUUCUUAUUAAAAAAAAAUCAAAAAUAUCGUCUUGUUAGUAAUGAUUCAACAAAGUCAUUGGCAGCUUGGUGGCGUGCUUUUGGAUUUAUAAAUGUUCAAAAUGAAAAUAAUAAAUUUGAACAAAUUGCCGGUUAUAGUAUUAUUGUGACAUAA